AUGAGGCAAGUUCAGACUCCUGAGUCAUUGCCCAUGUUGGAGAAGGAGAUCAGUGAGCUCCUGCUUUCACUGCGACCACCAAAAGUCCCAGUUGAGUCUCUGGCGAAUAUCUACAUUAAGAGGUAUGGAAAGCCUCUCAAGUUUGGAGAUUCAUGCACGAAGGGCCAGCAGAAUGAUCACAGCUUCACUUGUCUGCUCACGAAGCUUUGCACCACCAGAGUGAUUGAGAGACAGGGACAAUGUUAUAUUGUCCCGUUGGAAGAGGCCCCUAAGUACUUGGAUGAUGGUUUUAAAUUGGUGAUGUCUCCUGCUGGGAACGGCAGUGACCAGAUUUAUAUUACCUUUGGGCCUAAAAGCACAUUCACUAAAGAAGAUGCUUGGAACUACUUCAGCCAGUAUGGCCCUGUCAAUGACGUUCGAAUUCCACUUCGGAAGAAACGCAUGUUUGGUUACGUGAUCUUCCUGUACCCUGGAACUGCAAAACGAGUCUUAUCAGAAAGGAGUCCCAGGAACCCUCAUUUCAUAUGCGGAGAUCAAGUUUUUGUCAAAGCCUGGAAGGAAAAGCAUGAACUAGAAAAGUUGGCUGAGAAAGACGCCCAUUCAAACUCCGGUGCAAACAACGCGUCAGGUCUCAGUAGUGUUAUUCAUGAGCACCAAACAGGGGAAGAUGACAGUACCGCAGAAUCUUCACCUGUACAAAGUCAUUUGGAUGAGGCACCAGCAGCUCGAGAUAGGUGA